AACGCGGGGGAGGGGGUGGGGAGGAGGAGGAAGCGGCGGCGGCGGCGGCUGCGGAUGUCGCUGCGACCGAGCGGCGUCUGAACCUACCGCGGCCUCCGAGCGCCCGACCCGGGCCUGCGCCGGAGCCCACGCCCAGCUCUGCCGCCCCCUCGCCCGCCAGGGCGGCCCCGCGCCCCUAAGCCACUGAGGCGGCGCGACCUGCGUCCUCCGUUGUCCGGGCCCCGCCGGGCUCUGGCGUCUGCUGGCUCCCCCUCGCUCGCCUGCUCCUUCCUGAGUCACCGCCGCCGCCAUGGCCGAGAGUGGUGAGAGCGGUGGCCCUCCGAGCGCCCAGGACAGCGCCGCCGCGGCCGAAGGGACCGGCGCCCCCGCGGCGGCCGCAGCUUCCGCGGAGCCCAAGAUCAUGAAAGUCACCGUGAAGACCCCGAAGGAAAAGGAGGAGUUCGCGGUGCCGGAGGACAGCUCCGUCCAGCAGUUCAAGGAAGAAAUCUCUAAACGGUUUAAAUCGCAUACUGACCAACUUGUGUUGAUAUUUGCUGGAAAAAUUUUAAAAGAUCAAGAUACACUGAGUCAGCAUGGAAUUCAUGACGGACUUACUGUUCACCUUGUCAUCAAAACGCAAAACAGGCCUCAGGAUCAUUCAGCCCAGCAAACAAAUACUAGUGGAAGCAGUGUUACCACAUCUUCAGCUCCUAAUAGUAACUCUACAUCUGGUUCUGCCCCUAGCAACCCUUUUGGUUUAGGUGCCCUUGGAGGUCUUGCUGGUCUAAGUAGUUUGGGUUUGAAUUCUACCAACUUCUCUGAACUACAAAGCCAGAUGCAGCGGCAACUAAUGUCCAAUCCUGAAAUGAUGGUCCAGAUCAUGGAGAAUCCCUUUGUCCAGAGCAUGCUUUCAAAUCCUGACCUGAUGAGGCAGUUAAUUAUGGCCAAUCCACAAAUGCAGCAGUUGAUACAGAGAAAUCCAGAAAUUAGUCAUAUGCUGAAUAACCCAGAUAUUAUGAGACAAACAUUGGAACUUGCCAGGAAUCCAGCAAUGAUGCAGGAAAUGAUGAGAAACCAGGACCGAGCCUUGAGUAAUCUGGAAAGCAUUCCAGGGGGAUACAAUGCUUUACGGCGCAUGUACACAGAUAUUCAGGAACCAAUGCUGAGUGCUGCACAAGAACAGUUUGGUGGUAAUCCAUUUGCUUCCUUAGUGAGCAAUCCAUCCUCAGGUGAAGGUAGUCAACCUUCCCGUACAGAAAAUAGAGAUCCAUUACCCAAUCCAUGGGCUCCACAGGCUUCUCAGAGUUCAACAGCUACCAGUGGCACCACCAACGCUGUGGGGGGCACUGGUGGUAGUACUGCAAGCAGCACUGCUGGGCCGACUUCUGCACCAAGUUUGGGGCCUGGCGUAGGAGCUAGUAUGUUCAACACACCAGGAAUGCAGAGCUUGUUGCAGCAAAUAACUGAAAACCCACAGCUUAUGCAAAACAUGUUGUCUGCCCCUUACAUGAGAAGCAUGAUGCAGUCACUAAGCCAGAAUCCUGACCUUGCUGCACAGAUGAUGCUGAAUAAUCCCCUAUUUGCUGGAAAUCCUCAGCUUCAAGAACAAAUGAGACAACAGCUCCCAACUUUCCUCCAACAAAUGCAGAAUCCUGAUACGUUAUCGGCAAUGUCAAACCCUAGAGCAAUGCAGGCUUUAUUGCAGAUUCAGCAGGGUUUGCAGACAUUAGCAACGGAAGCACCCGGCCUCAUCCCAGGCCUUACUCCUGGCCUGGGGACAUUAGGAAGCACUGGAGGCUCUUCAGGAACCAAUGGCUCUAGCUCUGCCCCUAGUGAAAACCCAAGACCCACGGAAGGAACCACGGAACCUGGACACCCGCAGUUUAUCCAACAAAUGCUGCAGGCUCUUGCUGCAGUAAAUCCUCAGCUACAGAGUCCAGAAGUCAGAUUUCAGCAACAACUGGAACAACUCAGUGCAAUGGGGUUUUUGAACCGUGAAGCAAACUUGCAAGCUCUGAUAGCAACAGGAGGCGAUAUCAAUGCAGCUAUUGAAAGAUUACUGGGCUCCCAGCCAUCAUAGCAGCAUUUCUGUAUCUUGAAAAAAAUGUAAUUUAUUUUUGAUAACGGCUCUUAAAUCUUUAAAAUACUUGCUUUAUUUCAUUUUGACUUUUGAAAUUCUGUGCUGUUAUAAAAAAACCCAAUAUGAUGCAUUUUAAGGUGGAGUACAGUAAGAUAAUGUGGGUUUCUCUGUGUGUUUUUUUUUUCCUUGUGGAACAAUGGGAAUCAAUGCUUUUUCAUUUAAGGCUACUGCAUGCAUCAAACACUUCUGCAUUUAUUGUAAUUUAAAAACAAACAAACAUCACCUUUUGUAGUGGGUGAACAGAUUUUUGUCCUGCAUCUGUCCAAUUUAUUUGCUUUUUAAACAUUAGCCUAUGGUAGUAAUUUAUGUAGAAUAAAAGCAUUAAAAGAAGCAAAUCAUUUGCACUCUAUAAUUUGUGGUUACAAUAUUGCUUAUUGUGACUUUGGCAUGUAUUUUUGCAAACAAAAUGCUGUAAGAUUUACACUACUGAGUUUUACUUUAUUUGUAUACAAUAUAUUAUGCACAUUUGGGAAUGCAUUUCUAGAAACAUACAGCAGUAGAUUGAUUACCUUGAGCAAAAACACUUAUAACUAAAAAAGUUAAGAUAAGGAAAUACUUUCAAGUUAAGUAUUUUCUAAUUGUGUAGAAUCUUACAGCAUCUUUGAAAAACAUCUUUCAGCAAAAGUGCCAGUUAGGUUUGUUGACUUACUUAGUAGAAAAGCUGAUUCUGGUUAUCUCUUUAAAGACAUUUAAUUGUACAGACAACAUAAUGUAACAUUGUCUCAACAUUCACUGAUUAAUUGUAAAUUACCUUCAUUUUUGUGCAGACUGAAGGAGCACUGUAAUAAUAACUCAAAAGUGCAUUUGCCUACGACUUUUCAGCUUCUCCCAUAGAUAGUUUAACAGGCAUUACAGUUUGUAAUUGAAAUGUUGCUUUCACUGAAAGUGUCUUGAUGUUUCAAUUAUUUUUAAUCGCCAUAUAAAAAUAGAUCUAUCUUUUGGGUUUAUCAGAUUUCUCAUGCACAGGCAAUACAUGAAUUUAAAAUGAUUUGUGAGCUACUUGUUUCUGAAGUGUUUCGGUAGUUUAUUAAGAAAUAGGUAAAUAUUGUGCUUUUCAGAGCCUCAGAGAGAGGGGAACUUGGGGGAGGGGGUGGGAUCUAUCCUGGAGUGGGCCAGCCUAAAUAAUACUGGUAACCAAGGUUCUGUUAGGAUUUCUGUGCAUAUAAUGUAGUAAACAGGUAUCAUUCAGGGGUGAUAAACAAGAGCCGUUUUAACAAUGUUGAGUACAUUUGGCUGUUCUACAGCCUUUUUCUUUCCUCCUCAGAGAAGUUCUGUUUGCCUAACUCUCAAAUUGUUGGUGUGGUACAUUCCUUUAGGACCAAUUAAACAUAACUUUGGGUCAGUAAUAUAUUUGGCUGACUCUGGUUCAGUAUUCUCUUAGGUCAUUAUAGUCUCAUGUACAGGAAAUUAAAAUGUUAAAGUUACCUAAAAUGAGUUCAGACCAAUAAAAUCAAAGGAAAUACGAGUUGAAUUGCAUUACUUCUGUAAGUUGCUUGCUUUAAAAAAGGGUCAAGAGGUCAGGUUGCCCACCAGCCAUGCACUGUGCUGACACUUUCCCCAGGAGCAAAACUUGUAUGAAGGUCAAGGUGGGAGGCAUGGCCAGAGGAAGUUGUUUAGGAUUACUCAUGUGUCUUUGCUCUCUCUGCCUUAUGCCUCAGUCUGGUUUAAAAACUUGUACUGGCAAAUGGUGGUAUACAGAGUGGGAUAGUGUCAUAACCAGUUUGACAGUUAUUAAUCAUAAAAUAAUAAAUCUCUAGCUUUUA